AUGGCCGCGAGGGUGGCGCUGCUCGUGUGGGCCCAGAGCCUCGGCCUCGCUGGUGCCCCGAGCCCGCAGCUCCUCGUGCAGCCGCCCUGGAGGCCGGCGGUGCUGUGGGACCGGGUGACACUGACCUGCCGGGGCUGGGGGACCGCCGGGGACACCACCUGGUACAAGGACGGGCGGCGGUGGCGGCAGAAGGGACCCGAGAGUGUCAAUGUCACCUGGAGUGGCACCUACGAGUGUGACAGAGCCGGCACCGGGCGCAGCCCCUCCGUGACCGUCUCAGACGAGCAGCUGGUGCUGCAGGUGACGGCGGGGCCGCUGGUGGAGGGGGACACGGUGACACUGCGCUGCCGGAGCUGGCUGGACGACCCGGUCAUCGGGGUGCGGUUCUACCACUGGGAGGAGGAUUUGGGGAAAUCCCUGCGGGGGUCCGAGCUGUCCCUGUCCCCCCUGACGCUGCAGCACAGCGGCCAAUACCGCUGCGGGGCCCGGUGGAGAUCCCGGUCCUCACGGAUAUGGGUGCGGUCGGAGCCGGUGUCAGUGACAGUGCACGAGCUCUUCCCGGUGCCGGUGCUGGAGGCUCCGGCCGAGCUGCUCGCGGGGUCCCCCCUGAACCUCAGCUGCCUCAGCAGCCGCAGCCCCCUGCGGCCCCUCACCCCCCUCGUGCACCGCUUCUACCGGGACGGGCGGGAGCUGGGGGGCCCGCAGGGGUCCCCGCAGCUGCUGCUGCCCGCCCUGGGGCUCUCCGGCUCGGGGAAUUACAGCUGCGAGGUGCAGAGCCAGGGGGGGGCCGUGCGGAAGAGCAGCGCCCCGCUCCGCGUCACGGUGCUCGUGCCCGUGGCCAAUGCCACCAUCAGCCCCGGUGCCCUGGGCCAGCAGGUGCGCGCAGGUGAGCCCGUGAGGCUGCGCUGCUCGGUGCAGGUGGGCUCAGCCCCUGUCACCUUCACCUGGCUGCGCCACGGCCGGGAGGUGGCCCGGGGUCCCCUGCUGGAGCUCGCCCACGUCGGGCUGGCACAUUCGGGCACCUACCAAACCCCCAGGACGCCCCAGGACAGGACCCCCCCGCUGUCCCCCGAGGAGGGGGAGGUGCUCUACACCCGCGUGGUGCCCACCGAGAGGGCAGCGGGGUCCCCAAGUGCCACCCCCCAGGUGAUCUACGCGGAGCUGCCAGGACCUCAGUGGCACCCAGGGGACAGCGGUGACUACGAGAACCGGGGACACGAGGGGGACGUGGGGAGGGGACAGCCCCUGGACCCCCCACCCCAGGGGUCACUCCGGCCGCGGGGAACCGCCGAGGACACGGGGCACGGCUGGUCCGGGGGUGAUCGGUCCCCGAUGUCCCCAUGUCCUGCCUGGGCCCGGGCUGGCCGCGCUGUCGCCGUCGCCGAGGGCUCGGUGCCGCCGCGGAGUCGCCACGGGGCCAGCUCGGGGCCAGCCCCAGAGCCCGGCUCCCGCUGCCGCUGUCCCCGCGCUGCCAGCGCCAGCCAGCCGUGUCCCUUGUCCCUUGCAGCCCAGAGCCUCGGCCUCGCUGGUGCCCCGAGCCCGCAGCUCCUCGUGGAGCCGCCCUGGAGGCCGGCGGUGCUGUGGGACCGGGUGACACUGACCUGCCGGGGCUCGGGGACCGCCGGGGACACCACCUGGUACAAGGACGGGCGGAUCUGGUGGCAGAAGGGACCCGAGAGUAUCACUGUCACCGAGAGUGGCACCUACGAGUGUGACAGAGCCGGCAGCGGGCGCAGCCCCUCCGUGACCGUCUCAGACGAGCUCCUGGUGCUGCAGGUGCCGGCGGGGCCGCUGGUGGAGGGGGACACGGUGACACUGCGCUGCCGGAGACGGUGGGACAAACCGGUCACCGAGGUGCGGUUCUACCACUGGGAGAAGGAUUUGGGGAAAUCCCUGUCGGGAUCCGGGCUGUUCCUGUCCCCCCUGAGGCUGCAGCACAGCGGCCAAUACCGCUGCGGGGCCUGGUGGAUUUUCUGGCCCUCACGGAUGUGGGUGCAGUCGGAUGCGGUGUCAGUGACAGUGCACGAGCUCUUCCCGGUGCCGGUGCUGGAGGCUCCGGCCGAGCUGCUCGCGGGGUCCCCCCUGAACCUCAGCUGCCUCAGCAGCCGCAGCCCCCUGCGGCCCCUCACCCCCCUCGUGCACCGCUUCUACCGGGACGGGCGGGAGCUGGGGGGCCCGCAGGGGUCCCCGCAGCUGCUGCUGCCCGCCCUGGGGCUCUCCGGCUCGGGGAAUUACAGCUGCGAGGUGCAGAGCCAGGGGGGGGCCGUGCGGAAGAGCAGCGCCCCGCUCCGCGUCACGGUGCUCGUGCCCGUGGCCAAUGCCACCAUCAGCCCCGGUGCCCUGGGCCAGCAGGUGCGCGCAGGUGAGCCCGUGAGGCUGCGCUGCUCGGUGCAGGUGGGCUCAGCCCCUGUCACCUUCACCUGGCUGCGCCACGGCCGGGAGGUGGCCCGGGGUCCCCUGCUGGAGCUCGCCCACGUCGGGCUGGCACAUUCGGGCACCUACCAGUGCGUGGCCACCAACCAGCUGGGACAGGACGGGCACCGCGUGUUCCGGGCACUCAGCCCCGAGCUGCUCCUGGAGGUGACAGCGGGGGGACACGGCCACACAGUGGCCGCAGCGCUCGGGGGCUCCGUGUUGUUCGUGCUCCUGCUCACGGCUGUCAUCGUGGCCUUUCUCCGCACGGGUGCCGGGAAGCAGCAGCCAAGGGCCCCCCCGGCCGAGGAUCCUCAGGACACCUACUCGGAGCUGCUGGGGCCGCACGGGCAGCCCUGGGAGCCCAGAGACAUCUACGAGACUCUGCACAAACAACUGUGA